AUGUCCCGCCAUCGCGCCGUCAAGAACCUCGACCUUGCAGACGAAUUGGACGAUGGAGGCUUCGACGAGGGCGGUGAUUACUACGAAGACAUGACGUCGGAACAGCAGGCGCAAAUGGCGCAGGCGCUCUCUGCGGUUCAAGCGGUUCUCGGCACCGACAGCGGCAUUUCCGACAAGUCGAUUCGCGAUGCGCUUUGGGACAGCUACUUCGAUGUGGACGGGACCAUCGCCUAUCUCCUCGACGAACAACACAAGAAGGAGGCCCGACGAAAGAAAGAAGAAGACGUCCCGCCUACCGCCUCUCUCGCCUCCCUCUCGCUCGACAAAUCGCCCGAGCCAGCGCCAGUCCCUGCCGCGACAACAGAGCCCCCGAAGAACAAGCUCGCGGCGAAGAUGGCGGCAAAUCGGGCGGCAAGGGCUGCAGCCGCAUCUUCCGCUCCUCCGUCUUCCGCGCCUGCCGCUCCCACCCCGACCGCGCAAGCCGCUCCGCCUCCCGAGAAGAAGCUUUCGAAGCUGCAGCAGAAGAUGCUGUCUUCUCGGGCGGCGAAAGCUGCUCCGGCUGCCGCUCCUCCAGCCUCCUCUGAAUCCGGACCCGCGCCCCCGCCCCCUCCUGUCGCGACAUCUCCGCCGUCGGAGUCGAGCGCUUCGGCCGACGAACCCAUGGCCAUCGACUCGUCAGCCUUCUCUUCGACGUCGCUCGUCGCCGGUCCAUCUUCCUUCGCCAAUGCCCUCACUCCUUCGCACCGGGCCUUCCUCGCACCUGUCGCGCAGCGCAUCGCGUCGACCGUACCUCUCUCCGUCGCCGUCGAGCCGUCAAUGGCAGCGCGCUUCGGGCCGAGUCCGGAUGACAAGGUGCUGGAGGCGAGGAAGGGGACUGCAUUGGGCGCAGGCGCUCGAGGCGGUCUGGCUGAAAACCGCCUGGCGAAACAAGCGCGCAAGGCUGCGUCGGCGGCAUCGUCCCAGCCGGGCUCGGCGAAGAACUCGCGACCAGCGACGCCUGCACCCGGAGCUGCCAAGCCGAAGAAGGUCGCGCCUGCAGCGGGUUCGUCCGCGAAACCUGCGGCAGCAGGGCCAGUGAGCCAGCUGCGGACGGAUAUGGAGGCGAUGGGUCUUGGAGACGGCAGCUCGAGUCGAGAAGAGGAGCGGAUGCAGGUGGACGAGGAGCCGGCGCCGGCGAUCAUGAUGUCGAAGGAGAAGAUUCUGAAGGAGGUCAAGGCGAAGGCUGCGACGGAGAAACCCGUCUUGUCGUUGGUCGUGAUCGGCCACGUCGACGCCGGCAAGUCGACCUUGAUGGGACGCGUUCUGCACGAGCUCGGCGAGACUAUCGACCGGGAAGUCGCCAACAACCAGCGACAGAGCGAGAAGAUUGGCAAGGGCAGCUUCGCAUACGCCUGGACCUUUGAUGCGAUGGACGAGGAGCGGGAACGCGGCGUCACCAUCGACGUUGCAAUCGACACCUUCUCGACGCAACGGAAACGCUUCACCCUCAUUGACGCACCCGGUCACCGCGACUUUGUGCCAAACAUGAUCUCGGGAGCUGCUCAGGCGGACGUUGCGAUCCUGGUCGUCGAUGGUGCGAGCGGCGCAUUCGAAAAGGGAUUCGAGGGCGGCGGGCAGACGAGGGAGCACGCGCUGCUUGUGCGCAGUCUCGGCGUGCAACAGAUCAUCGUCGCUGUUAACAAGCUCGAUGCCGUCCGCUGGUCGCAAGUCCGCUACAAGAACAUCUUCGACCAACUCUUCCCCUUCCUCACCGACAUCGGCUUCAUGUCCCACAAAAUCACCUUCGUGCCCGUCAGCGCGACAUCAGGCGAGAACCUGACGAAGCAGACGAACGAGCUACUGCGCGCUUGGUACAACGGCCCGACGCUUGUCGAAGAACUCGACUCACUUCCUGUCCCGACUCGCGCGCUGGACGUGCCUCUGCGGAUACCCGUCUCGAACGUCUUCAAGGGACAGUCGGCGACAGCAUCCGCUCUCGCCGUCACCGGUCGCGUCGAGAGCGGCAUCGUGCAAGUUGGCGAGAAGCUUGCGGCGCUUCCUGGUGAUGAGAGCGGCAUCGUUCGAGCGCUCGAGGUCGAUGGCGAGCUUGUGCCGUACGCAACGGCUGGCGCGAAUGCGACAAUCUUCCUUUCCGGCAUCGAAGCCAACCAGCUCAGCGUCGGAUCCGUCCUCUGUCCUCCCUCUCAGCCAGUCCCCGUCGUCUCGACCUUCACUGCCCAGGUGCUCGUCUUCGAGCCGAAGCAUCCCAUCACGGCCGGCUAUGCGGUCGAGCUGUUCCACCACAGCCGCGACAUCCCCGCCUCCAUCGUCGCCCUCGAAGCCAUGCUCGACAAGACGACGGGCAAGGUCACGAAGACCGCUCCUCGUAUGCUCCCGAAGAACUCAUCCGCCCGCAUCCGAGUCCAGCUACGCAACGCUGCGACAGGCGGGCGUUCGGGCGCGAUCCCGAUCGAGCCGUUCGCGGUCAACAAGGCGAUGGGCCGCGUUCUCUUCAGGCGGAAUGGCGAGACGGUUGCAGCGGGUGUCGUGCUCGAGACAUUGCAAUGA